AGUUCCACUGAUAGCGCCUCUAGCGGUGAAACUGGAAGUUGACAAAAAGUUGAAGUUGCAUAAGUGGCUGCGGCGUGAGAAGAUAUUUCACCCGUGAACUCUGAACUGCAGGUUAUGUUUCAGUCUAAAGGUGAGAUGAAGUUGGAGGAGUAUUUCCAGAGGAUUGACUUUCGUGGGUCUCGUGACAAAGCAGAUCUUGCAACGCUGAAGGCGAUCCACAAGCUGCACGUCAUGUCGAUCCCGUUCGAAAACCUCAGCAUUCACUGCGGCGAGCGGAACAUCAUGGACCUGCCGAUCAUUUUCAAUAAGCUGGUGAGGAGCAAACGUGGAGGCUGGUGCCUUGAGAACAACUACCUGUUUGGAUGGGUGCUGAGGGAAAUGGGCUUCAACACCACUAUGCUGAGCUCCAGAGUUUUUAAUAGUAUUCAUGGUGACUUUGGCCCCUAUGAUUCUCAUUUAAUUAACAAAGUCAUCAUUGAUGGGAAGGCUUAUAUAGGGGAUGUAAGUUUUGGGGUAUCGUGCCAGGUGUGGGAGCCGUUGGAGCUCAUCUCUGAGAAGGACCAACCUCAGGCGGCGGGUGCUUUUCGCCUCAUCGACAAGGGUAACAUGUGGGUGCUGGAGAAGACGUGUCACAAACCCAAAAUUCUUAAUCCAGACUUUGCCGGAUCAAGUUUGGUCAACAGGAAGGAGAGGAAGACAGUCUACUGCUUCACAUUGGAGCCUCGUGACGUGGAAUAUUUUCUGGAUGUAAACGACAGACUCCAGAAAGACCCCGCCUGCCUGUUCACCAACAAAUCCAUCUGCUCCCUGCAGACCCCAUCAGGGUUCCGAGUUCUGAUGGGAUGGACCUUCAGCGAAGUCACCUACAGGCCUGAGGAGGGAGUCGACGUCAUAGACAUGAGGGACGUACCUGAUGAUGAGAUAGAAACCCUUCUGAGGGAACGCUUCCGUGUUGAGCUCUCCAACAAACUGAAGCCGGUGAACAACAGAUCAUUUUACACACUCUGAAACAAAAUCCUUCCUUUGUAAACACGAACUCUGAGCUCAAUAAUAUGAGAGUUUUAAAGCAAAAAAGCAUAAAAUCAUAGAGCACAUGUUUUUAUAGUAUUUCCCUAGUAGUACUCUAGGCAAAACACAAAAACUAAUUAAAUCAGUAUUUUGGUGUAGGGACAAUCCUAAAUAGGUUUGCAUGUUUUUACUAAAUUAAAGUGUUUAAAUGUAAUUUAUUAAAUUUUAUUUAAUUUGUUCGUUUCCUUUCAAGAUUUUUUUUAGUCUGUUAAAAACAAAACUGUCAGUAUUGAGUCACUUGACGCCUGAAGUUACUUUUAGCUAUGAAAAGAAACACCUUUUGGUUGUUUUUUAAGUAGAUGCUCCAUUAAGGUCAUUUUGGAGCUGAAGUGGUUUGAUGCAUAUUUGCAUCAAUAGAUGUUAAAGAGUUAAACAGGUUUUUUUGUAAAUGUUGUUUUCAUCUUAAAUUAAUCACAAUUUAACGCACAUAUUAGAGUAAAAUCAUCCUUUUCCUUUCAUGUGUAGUUUUCUGUAGCAAAUAAAAAUUCUUUGGACUGACAGCAAAUAACUGGUUUUGUUUUGUUUUCUGUCUAUAUUAAAAAGCUAAUGACACAAUAAAUAUAUUGUCCACCAUUUUUUCUGAAUGUCUGGUUUUUGUUCAACUGAACAGUUUUAGAAUAAAGUUAUUUUACUAAUCGUU